AACUCGACGACCUUCGUCGGAGAGUAUAAAUAAAAGCGCUUUAAAUUUAAUACAGCCCUAUUCAUAGGUAUUGUUAUGUUGCUGCUGUGAAACAUCGAAGUGAUUUUGUGCACAUUUUUAACCAGAUUGAUAUUCUAAGAUACAAUUUAACCGUCAUUAAAAAUAGCACUGGAUAUACGCAUCCUAGAAACAUGCUGAAGAAAGGACAAGCUCAAGUGGACGAAUACGGUUCUGAAAUACUGAAACGUAUAAUUACUCCCGAAUAUCCCAGAGAUCCUUUGGAAAUAUUGGGUGAAAGAAACUUCAACCCUCCUCGUAUAGUGCCAAAAGAAGAAAUCGGCACACCAGUUCAAGAAUUCUUCCGCGAUGUAACCGUUUUCAUCACCGGAGGUACCGGUUUCAUGGGAAAAAUCUUGACUGAAAAAUUGCUGCGAUCUUGUCCUCAUUUGAAGCAUAUUUAUUUAUUGGUGCGAAAUAAAAAAGGACAAACUUCCGAUGAAAGAAUCAAAGCUAUUUUUCAAGACAGACUUUUCAAAAGACUCAAGCACGAAUCUCCUGAUUUCUAUAAAAAGGUGUCUGUGAUGAACGGUGAUUUAGAAGAGUCGGAAUUAGACCUAUCUGACGAAAAUAAGAAAAAAUUUGCCGAAGAAGUCAACGUUGUGUUCCAUGGAGCGGCUACGGUACGGUUUGAUGAGAUGCUCAAGCUGGCUGUUAUAAUUAACGUUAUCGGCACUAGACAAAUAUUGAAAUUGGCUAAAAGUGCAAAAAAUCUAAAGGCGAUGAUGUAUAUUUCGACAGCAUAUUCUUUUUGUCCUCAUUCUGAAAUUGAAGAGAAGUUCUAUGAUAUGCCUGCACAUUACAUUGAUGUGAUAAAUAAAGUUGCCACAAUGAAUGACUCAGAAGUUAAUUUCGAAACACCCAAAAUAUUGGGUGAAUGGCCCAAUACAUACACGUUUACAAAAGCGAUGGCCGAAUGUGUAGUGAAAAAUGAAAGUCAAGAUUUACCAAUCGGCCUAUUUCGACCUACUGUAAUCGUUUCAACCUACCAAGAGCCUGUUCGUGGUUGGAUAGAUAACGUUUAUGGACCAACUGGAACAUUUAUAGCUGCUAUGACCGGAAUAUUACACGUUUGCGAAGCAACUUACGAUAAACGCUGUUUGGAUAUGGUCCCGGUGGAUUUAGUAAUAAAUGGUUUGAUAUGUGCGACCAAAGCUACCGCUGAAAAAUACGAAAAAUUGAAAUCGGAGAAAAAAGAUUUUGAUAUUCCUGUGUAUAUUUACUCCAGCGGAACUCAAAAUCCCAUAAAUUACGGAGAAAUUGAACAUCAUUACUCUCAUUUUUCCUUAGAAUGGCCCACCAUAAAAGCAGUGUGGUAUUACUCGGUGAUAUUUACAGAUAAUAAAUACCUAUUAAGGAUAUUAUCGCUCCUGGUGCACACAAUCCCUGCUUAUUUCUUAGAUGUUCUAGCUUGUCUUGUUGGAGAAAAACCAGUUUUAACCAAGAUCUAUAAAAAAAUGAACCACUUUCUAGAAGUUACGGCGUAUUUUAGAGCAAGUGAUUGGGUUUUUAAAAAUAACAAUACUCAGGAGCUUUGGCAAAAGUUAUCCAAUGAAGAUAAACAACUCUUCUUCUUCAAUGUGGCUGAUUUCUCGUGGGAAUAUUUCUUAAAAGCGACGUGGUUAGGAUUACGCGUGUAUCUUGUCAAUGACGAUAUUCAUACCUUACCAGCAGCCAGAAUUAAGUGGAGAAGGUUGUACUAUGCACAUAUUGCUCUCAAAACUGCUUUAUUUGCAGUAUUAAUUUUCCUGCUGUGGAGUUUGCUAAAAUUUAUUUUAUUUUUAUUUUGAGAACGUUGUCCACCUAGACUUUGUUUUUUGACCACUUUAUGUUUACCCAGCAACCUUUGUUUUUCAUGUCGGUUGUUCAAUGUUCAUUGUUCACUUUCAAUUAGUGAGACAACUCAGUGACAGCAAAAAUGCAGUGUCAGUAAGUAAUUUAAGUAUUUCCCCCAGGGUUGCGUUCACCCACCUUUAUUCCGGGCCGGAUUUAACAUUAGGCCGCCCUAGGCAGACAAGAAUAUGCCGCCCCUCCCUCCCCAAAUUUUUUGGUUUUCGUGAAAAUUUUCACCCCCAAAUAUUACAUCUGUAGAAUGAGUCAGCGACUCGACAGCCUCCGGCUGAAUGUAUAGUUUAGUCAUUAGUUACUUUAGUUCUCGUGUAGACUCUGUAUAAUAAAGAUCGCUUCAAUAUGUGA